CUCGUCUCCAUUUCUCAGGUUUUCUAAACACAACAUCUGCCACCAGUGCGUUUCCUUUUCGCUCUUUCACUCUCUUCCCGUACUAACGUUUGUUUGCCCUUUUUUUCAGUGGACCCAUCCAAGCGCGCCAUUGCCUUCGAGCCCAUGAGCGACGACGCAGAGCUGCAUCCCUCCUCUACGCCCUGGUUCACAGUGACUGAGGGUUUAUCUAAGGUCUACUACAAGGGCUUGCCCUCCGAACCGCUCCUUAUCGCUACAACUAAUCCCAGCCCCUUCAAAGAUCCAGCUGGCCCCGAGGCCUACGCUGUCCUCAAAGAGCUUAGGGAGCUGGGUGAUCACCCCCUCGCCAGUGCUUGGGACCACGGUUUGGCCGACCACCUUCGCUGUAGCCUGAACACGAUGUGCGUGGACUGGACUAUUGAAAAAGGACAGUCCUCCGGCCCAGCCAUCGUCUGGAUUGGUGUCGAGUUCGGGGCGCUCACCUUCCAGAAAGGCAGGGACGUCGCCUUCAAUUGCCGGGCACUUAUUGACUCUUACGGUUUCCGCAACUGCCACGUCGAAAUCAGGGAGUCUCGCGUUAUGGGACAAGGUGGCAAUAGGUUCUUUGAUCCUGUCGCCUUCUCCGACCCUACUUUCAUUGCUCGCGACCCAUACACUGCGACACUCGGCAUCCCGAUUUCGACCAAGAAUAGACCUUGGAUCGAGGGAACUGGCGGCUUCUACCUCAGUGCUGGUGGCGACGACAAGGACAUCUACCUUGUCACUGCCCGGCACGUCGUCCUUCCUGUUGACAACAACAACAACAACACGGAAUACCAGCGCAGGAACAACAGCAGGCCACGUGAAAACGUGAUCGUCCUUGGCGCCGCCAGUUUCAAAGAGAAGCUCGCCGCCAUCGACAAGAAGAUUGAGGGCGAAGAGUCCAUAACGAUCGAUGCCAGGAGAAGGAUUGCGUUGGUUAAGGACAAGGACGACCGCGCAUCCGUCACAGAACGCGAGGAGGCAGAGGACGAUUUGCAGAAGGCAGAGACGAGUAUGAAGGCACUCCGGGACUUUCGCCGGGAGAUUGCCACUCACUGGAGGCCGGAGGAGAAGCGUAUCUUCGGGGAGCUUGCCUGGGCCCCUCCCAUCGUCUGCUCCACCAACCCAGGCGAAUUUACCCUGGACCUCGCUGUCAUUAAGAUCGACGCCGGCAAGCUUGAUGCCAACAAUUACUGCGGCAACACCAUCAACAUUGGCGACAAGUACACGCACGACAAAUUCAUGGAGAAGCCGUCUCGGACACUCAGAGGCCAGGUCCCCGAGACUGUCCUCACGAAUCCAUCCAUGCGCGAUGCCAACACUGAAUCAUGCUUGGUCGUCUUCAAAAACGGCAUCAGUACUGGGAUCACGCUUGGCAAGGCGAACAAUGUCUCAUCGUACACGCGCAGCUAUUUCAAUCAGUAUCAGGAGUCAAGGGAGUGGCCGAUCAUUCCCACCGACAAGAACUCAGGCCCGUUCUCCAGGAAAGGGGACUCUGGAUCUUGCGUCGCCGAUGCCUUCGGCCGCAUCGGUGGCAUCCUCACUGGUGGUACUGGUGCCACCGAUUCUUCCGAUGUAACUUAUGUCACCCCCAUAUCCUUCAUCAUGAAGGUACUCCACAGGACAAAAAUUUUCAAGUAUGCCCAUCUCAACCCGAUCCUUGCCUAGGAGGGUACCCAAGUGAUUGGGUU